CCACCGGGCAAUGUGACCCUAACAGGACACCCCACUUCACAACGCGUACCAGAAGAGAACCACCCCUAGCUCGCACGCGACAACAUGACGUGAUAGAUGAGCGAGCGACUGUUUGGGUUCACGCGCAGUGAGCUGGUCGAGCACCACGGCUGGGUUUCUGACGUCGUCUUCGACAACCAGCAGGAGUUAGUAUGGGUAGCAGGACAGAAAGGUUAUGUGACCAGCUACUAUUCGUGUGGCUUACAACUCUACACUAAGUUCUUUGCUAAUGACGAGGUUGUUCAGCUGAUGCCUGUCCAGGCUGGCAUACUCAGCUUGUCCUCCAACAGGCUCAACCUACACACACGACAGGGGUUGUCCCAGCACUCGUUCACCUCUCCCAACAUGACCAAGAUGUGCUGCAUGUGCACGAACUCUAACUCUAACGAUGUUCUGAUUGGUGGCCACACUAAACACGUGACUAAGUACGAUCUGGGUAAACAGAAAGUGGUUAACGAGAUCGUGCUGGGAGAUGCUGGGUGUGUCAUCAUCAGAGAGACCACCAGUCUUUGUUGUUUUGGUUGUCCUGAUGGAGAUAUAGCCCUGUACGAUAAGAACACCUACAAGAAAGCCAGCAACAUCCCCGCACAUUCGGGCACCAUCUCCGACUUUGACAUCUGCGACAAUCUCCUUGUAUCCUGUGGGUUUGCGUCGCGCGGGAACGACAUGUCCGUGAAGCGCUCACUGCUUGUGUACGAUCUGCGCAUGAUGCGCAGCCUCAACGCAGUGCACUGCUCAAUAGAUCCGGUUCAGCUGAGGUUCAUGCCCAUGUACCACUCACAGGUCCUGAUCGCAUCACAGUCCGGGCAGUUCCAACAGCUGGAAGUAACAGCAACCCUUCCUCAGAACAAGUAUUUGUUUGAGGUGGAUUUAGCGGGUAGUUACUGUAAUGCCAUCGACCUUUCCUCCACAUCUAAAGCUCUAGCAAUCGGAGACUCAUCAGGAGUGUUACACUUACUAGCGUCUCAAGAAGGAACAGCUUUUAACUCCUUCUCACAACCCACAUACUUCCCUACAGAAAACAUGCUCAACUUCCCCAAAGUCAAUAUAGACGACUACAAUUUCCCGCUGGCAACUGUCCCGAUGCCUCACGCAACAGAGAGACUAUUGAGCGAAUGGCCCCCAGAGUUCAACAGAACCGGAGAUCGAAGGACAAAACCCAUUGACCCUGAGAUACUCCGCAAUAUGAAGAUGGUUGGGUUUGUCGGUGGCUACUCACCCAAUCCGCAUAACAUGUACAAGAACACUAUACCAUACGAUCUAAACUUACAGCGGGUUGAAGAGCUGAAGAAGAGAGAGGAAGUUGUCACCAAUAUACCCAGGGUUUAUCAGAGAAUAGACGUAGAUCCCACAUCCCUGACGGACUCAGAACUCCACAAUUACAACAGAACUAAAUUUAGCGUCUUCUACAACAACAAGGGGAAUACUUACAUCUGUACUGUCUUACAGAUGCUGUAUUACCUGGAGCCGAUAGCACUAGCCCUUAAAUCCCACAUCUGCCAGAAUACUGGAUGCUUGGCUUGCGAGCUGGGGGUCCUCUUUUACACGCUUGAUGUCUCUGAUGAUAAGAUCACUGACAUCGACAGUUUUAUUCAGGCGUUUGAGCAGCAGCCAGCAGCGAAGUACCAGGACUGGCAGCUGUACGAACGUCACCACGAGAAGAAGGAUUACUUACAACUGCCCCAGAGUUUACUAACUUUCUUACUCAGACACCUGCACGAGGAGAUACUGAGACCUCCCCAACCUACCAGCGCUAUCUACCUUACUUUCGGCAGCAAGGUAGGACACAGGACAACAUGUGCCACGUGUCAACAGUCUUGGUACAAUAAACCGAGCAUCAACCUCACCUACUCCCUCGAUUAUCCCAGAGAGGCUGGUGUCAAGAUCACAUUCGUUGACUUGUUAAAGAGGACGAUGCAAGCAGAGAACACAACACGACACAUCCUUUGUAACCGUUGUGGCAACUACACACCCU